AUGUGGAGCUAUUUAUUUGGAGGAAAUAAGCAGCAGAAGAAGGAGUUGCCCAAGAAGGCAAUAGUAGAGUUGAGAGAACACAUCCAAAUGCUCAAUAAGAAGAGAAGCCACCUAGAACUGCAAAUAAAUGACCAGGAACAGUUGGCGAGAAAGCACAUUACGACCAACAAGAUGUUGGCCAAGAAUGCUUUGAAGAGGAAAAAGGGAUAUGAGGCGAACUUAAUGAAGAUCGAAAACCAAAUCGACUCUUUGGAAACACAGUUAACCGCCAUCGAAGGCGCAAACUUGAACUUGGAGACCAUGAAGGCAAUGAAACAAGGUGCUCUGGCUAUGAAGCAAAUACAUGGCGAGUACGAUGUUGAUAAAGUGGAGAACACCAUGGACGAUAUCAGGGAGCAGGUGGAGUUGGCUGAGGAGAUCUCCGAAGCAAUCUCGCGGCCCGUUGGAGGCGAAUAUGUGGACGAGGACGAAUUGGACGAGGAGUUGGCUGCGUUGCAAGAAGAAGCAGCUGAAGCGAAGCAACAAAAGGAACCAGCACAGAAGCAAGCGGCACCUGCGGCACAAUUGCCAGAAUUCCCAUCUGUGAGCAAGAGCAAACCUCAAGCAGUUACAGAGGAUGACGAAGAUGAGGAAGCUUUGAAAGCAUUGCAAGCAGAGAUGGGAUUGUAA